CUGGGACCAGCCCACCGCCAGAUCAGGUCAGACCGAAGCGCCCAAUGACACCCUCGAGUCUGAUCGCACGUAGCCAACCAGACGUGCAGAUGCAACAUCGAAUUGACAACUCAGCAAGAGCAUCAUAACAAAGUCCCCAGUCUCGUCAGAGUCUAGUGUCUCUGUUUAGUAUCUCUGCGGGCUUGCGCCGUAUCCCUCCCUUCCUCUGCCCUACGAAGUACAGAGUCAGUACAGCAGGUGGGUAGUUUCAGCCAAAGCGCCUGUUGUGCUACAAGUAAUAUUGACAAGGUCAAGGGUGCCAUCCAUUUCUUUUUUGUUUUCCCUAAUCUCUUUUCCAUGCCUCGAACAAAACCGGACCUUGACUUUGAGAUUCACGUCGACUCGUCCUGCCUCAACACCCCAAUGGACGAAGAAAUACCAUCACCGAGCGGCAACGUUGAGAACCCCAGCGAAGCCCCCCGACAAACUCCCGACACAACAGACUCAAGCGAUGGAGAAGUUGACCCUUCUUCAACAUCCACCGAACGUACCGAGUAUAGAUCAGAUACUGAGAUGACCAAGGAUACUAAGAGGGAAGCGCCACGAGGCUUGCGCCCGAGCGUUGAAGACGACGAAGACGACAGCUCAACCCACGACGAAGAAGCCGGCGAGCAUUCCAUGCUCAGCGAAAGAACAGAUCUUUCUUUUCAACCUGACGAUAGAGGACAUUCGUAUGUUGACCAUUCUGAGUCCGAGGCCGAUGCCACUCCGAGAGGGAGAGAUGAGGAUGAGAGCAGCUCCCAACAAGGAGGCACGGAUGAGGAUGUCUUCACUGACAAGAGUCCUCGCAGCUCAAUGGGCUCGUACGACGCCGGCUCCGAGUCUGGCAAAGGAGUCGACAUUGACAACAUGACAACCAUCACCCGCUCGCCUCGCAUAUCAGACAUCUCACAAUAUGACAAAGAGGAUUUCAUUCCCACCGCACGGGGAACGCCGCGGCCACCUUUCAGAACCCCUUCCGACGUGCGCGCUAUGCAGAUGUCGUCGCCAGCUGGGUCUGUCGUGGGCUCGCCGCGCUCGCCACGCUCUUCCAAGAAACACUUUCCAUCCGUUUCCAGGCUGGGGACUCCUUCAGGCUCUGCGCAGUACUCUCCUAAAAGGAGGUCUACGCCACCACGUUUCAAGUCCCGACAGGAAGCGCCCCUCGUGCUCCUCCAUGUGACGCUACUGCCACUACGAUGGAUGUGGGGUGACCUAGUUAACAACCUAGACCCGGUCGAGAUGAGCGAGCAGGCAAAGACACUGCGGAAUUCAUGGCGUAUCCUGCAAGACCGCGUCGGCGACACAGUCAUCGAACGAGGUAUUCUACUGGGCCACCCUCAGAAUGACUAUGAGGUUCUUGAGGAGCGUCUGCUAGAAGCCUUAGAUCUCCCUGUGCGCCGGCGCGCGAGGAUCCUGGAAUGUGGCCAUUACCUUGGGCCCUCCAAUGAGGCGACAAUCGCAGAAGAGGAAGAAAGUGAAGAUGAAUAUGGUAAGCAACAGCAACAGUCGUCUUCCAUCAAGCGUCACUGGUGUAGUACCUGCAAGAGUGAGAUCCGAUUUGAGACUCUUGGUGGAGACAAAAUAUUCCGCGUCAAAGUAUAUGCUAGUAAUGGCUUGAUGCGUGCUGGCGCCUGGGAAGCCUGCUGGAAGGAGAUGGAGCGCGUGGACGUGGAGCUCGAGCCGGUAGUCGAGCCUGCGGUGCAAGAUGAAAUCGUGCGCCUUGCCGCUGUGCAGCAGGAGCGCGAGGAGGCUGAGAUCGCCAAAGAGGUGGAGAUGCAAUAUGAAGAACAGCGACGAAGUGAAACGCGCCAGUCACGGCAGCACGCAUAUGCUAACAUGCGAUCAUCCCCCCUUGCGUCACCUGCACCAUCGAUUAUACCUGAAGCGGCUCACCAGCCCAGGUUUGAGUCAAGGGCUUCUCGCCGACGACAGCGAGACGAAGAAAGGCUGCACGAGAUGUAUGGGCAAAGCCCACCACAAAGCCCACCGCCACCAGAGUCUCCCGCCCGAGAACCUUCGCAGCAUCCUGACCCAUACGCUCGUUCGCCACCAUCACCACCACCACCUCCUGCGCCAGAGUCCCAGGCAGAAAAACAGAAACAGACUCGGCCCGGUGGAUAUCAAUCAGCAAGUUUGCCGGAGCUUCUCUGGCGGACAGUCCGGGUUCUGAUGCAGGACCGUAAGAACGUCGUCAUCGUCGCACUUAGCUUGUUCGUCUUGCUGCUCUCGUUACGGAGCACACCACCUGAGCCGUCUUACGAGCCUAUUGUUCAUAGGUUGAAGAAUAUGCCUGAGAUACAGCGGUUUCCUACCGUCAAUGACCCGCCGGCACGUCAGGAGUAUCAACGACCAAUGGAAGCGAUCGUUCGCAGCGAGCCUUCGUACUCGAGCGCUGUUUACCAUCAAGUAUCACACAGUCAGUCCUCCGAGUCGAGUGUUCCAAGUGCUGAGUAUCAGGAGGAAGAAAGCACCGUAGAGCCAUCAGUAACGAGUGUCCCGUUUGAGGAGGUGUUGGAGUCAACUCAGGAGAGUUCCACCUCACCUACCAGUGUCUCGACAAUUUACGGGCCCUGCGAGAGCCCUACGGAGGAGUCCUCUCCUGAGCAGCCUGCAGUGUCCGACAUCCCGACAGUGCAAGAGACAGUUGAGGAGACCGAGACCGUCACAGAGAAGAAAGUUGUGAAAGUCAUUCAUACCGUGACUGAAACGCAGACCGAGAUACAGACGCAGACGGAAAUACAGACAGAAAUGCAGACCGAAGCCGAGAGCACCACUCUUGCCGAGACAGCGACCCCUGUUGAGGAAUCUGUGGUUGAUGCUACUGAAACUGCACAAGCUGAGAUCGAAUUAGAUCUCGAGGGCGAGAUGGAGGAGUCACAGGAUGAUACAGUUUCCUCGGAGAAUGCGAUGCCCACUACCGAAGUCACCGAAAACGAGGAGCCUGUGCCUGAAGCAAUGGAGGAAUCUGUGGCCGAGCCAGAGGAAGAUUCGGACGAGCUUUGAAAAAUAUUUUACGAACGCAGCGCCUUUUCUGUUUGCAGGCGACAUGGCUAAUGAGUAGGUAACAACGGCGGUUUGAAAUAAGGGGUGAUAGGGAUGGGGAUGGGGAGGGAAGGGCUCCACGAUCUUUGAACAUUGUCGCAUUGCAUGUCGAAUUGAUUAAUGAGAAGAAUGAGUUUAGUAGAAAAUCAGUUGGCAUGCUGACGAGUUGGCGCCCCUUCUCUGUGCCAUGUCAUGUUAUGCCAAGUUCAAUAGAACGACGAUACCAGUAUAG